AUGGAACGUGUGAAAAUUGAUCUAACAAAGUACCUUGAAAAUACAGCUUUAAUUCAUUACAGUAGUGCUGAAACCAGUGACUUAAUUAAAUACAAAGAUUUAUUAAAACAAAUACUCAAAGUUGGUCUUAUAGUUGAAGAAGAGAAUUUAUUAAAUACUGAAUCAGUAGCUAUUGGUAUCUUGUGUAAGAAAAAUCCUUCAGCAGUUACUCUUGCACUUGCUGCCAUUGAAGCUGAUUUCGCUUUCUGUUUCAUCACAAAAGACGAUCUAACUCCUGAUGAAUUGAAAAAACUAGGAAUUAAAUAUAUUUUCAGUGAUGAAUCAUUGUACAAUGAAAAUACAAUAGCACUGAGAAAAUCUUUUGACAUCUUUGGGAAGAAAAUUCGCUUGUACUCAGCGAAUGUCAAUGAUAUUAAAACUUACAACGAUGUGAAUGAUCCAAUGAAUCAAAUCUGCUAUGUUAUAACUACUUCAGGAAGUACAGGCCAAAGAAAAAUCGUUCGAGUUACCUUCAAUUGUAUCACGCCAAACGUCAUUAGCCUUCAGAAUAUUUUCCGCCUACAUAAAGACGUCAUUUACUCAUCAGCACCAUGCACUUUUGACGUCUUUAUUCUGGAUUUAUUUCUCACUCUUCAUUCCGGAUCAGCUCUUUUAAUAAUUGAUGAAAAUCUUCGUUUUAGCGAUACAUCAAUAAAUUAUAUUUUCGGUGAUGAAUCAACAAGUGCCACAUUUAUGCAAAUUACUCCUUCAUUAUUUCAACAAUUCGGGAUAAAAAAUAUUCAAGAUAAAAUUCUUCAUAAGAAUUCAAAAUUGAGAUAUCUUGUUCUUGGUGGUGAAGCAUUUCCACCCACAACAGAAGUUUCAACAUGGCAGAACUGGAAGGAUCCGGAACGGAAAAGAAUCUUUAACAUUUAUGGAACAACGGAAAUGAGUUGUUGGGCAACUAUUCAUGAGGUGACUGAAGAAGAUUUAACUUUCGGUGAUGUGCCAUUAGGAUCAGAUUUACAAGAUACCGUCAUAGGAUUUUUGCCUGACCUGAGUAAUAAUCUCGGACUUGAAGAAGUUGUUUUGACGACUCUUAAAAGGAUUUGCUUUGUUGAUGACAGCGAUAGUAGUAAGCAACGCGAUAAAGAAUGUCGUUUCGCUCAAUUAACUGGUGACCUUGUGAAACAUUCCAACGGUAAAGUUUUCUUUUAUGGACGUAAAAAUGAGAACAUUAAGAGGUUUGGUGAGCGUGUUAAUCUCAAUAAAAUUGAAGUUGCUGCUUCUGAUGUGACGUCAGCUCUCGCAUGUAUUUACAUGAGAAAGAAAAUAAUUUUAUUCGUACAAACAGAAGACGAUGAAAUUUUGAAAGCAGUUGAAAAGAUUCUAAUGGAAAAAUUGAAGAAGAGUGAAAUUCCUGAUGAGUUUCGGAAAAUCGCUUUCCUUCCAUUAUCUGUUAAUGGGAAAAUCUGUAAGCAUCAAUUAAAACAAAUUUAUAAAGAUUUACUUAGAGAAGAUCGUGAGAUGCGAAUUGAAUUGGAAGACUCAUUUUUGGAAGCAAUCAAUCAAAUUUUGAAUCUUAAAAUAGAAAAAAAUGUUUUCUCGUCAAAUGAUUCUGAUGAACCGGAUGGAAAACGAAUGAAAACUGAAUUGGAUUUGACAUUUAAAGCUCUUGGUGGAAGUUCGUUUGAUGCUUUAAGAAUUUCAAUGAAGUUGGAAGAUCAAACUGGAUUAUCAAAUGGACUUUUACCGCAACUUCUUGGAGAUCGUCAGUCAAUUCGUAACAUUUGUGACUACUUAAGAAAUCUCAAGACAAAAACAUUUCAUGAAGUCGUUAAAUCUUCAAAUCAUCACAGCUCAAAGAUUGUCACGAAAAUUAUUCAACGUUUUAAUCUUGAGAAAUGUGUUGAUGCAUCACCAGCAAUAUUCACGACGACUUCUGGAACUUUUCUUUCUGUUGGCAGUCAUUCUCAUCAACUUAUUACAAUUAACGUUGAAAAAUUGAAAUUACAAUCGAGAGUUUUUCUUACCGAUCGAAUUGAAAGUAAAGUGACAUUUGCUGAUGAUUAUGGAAUUGUUGGAUGUUAUGAUGGACAAAUUUAUUCAUACGAUUUUAUGACUGGUGCUAUUAAUUGGAAAUUUCAUUCAAUGGGAAUGAUUAAAUCAAAAGCAUUGCUUAUUGACGAUCUCAUCAUUUUUGGUAAUUAUAAUUACGAGAAAAAUCUUUGGUGUCUCAAACGUUCAAAUAACACGAAAAUUGAAUUGGUUUGGAACAAACUUGUUGGAAGUCGAGGAAUUCUUGCAACUCCUUUGGCUUUAAAUAAUUCAUCAAUAUUAAUUUGCACACUCGAUGGAACGUGCGAACUUCUCAACGUCAAUCAAGGAAAUUUAUUAUGGACAAGAAAAUUCGAUUCACCAAUUUUCUCAUCACCACAAAUCAUUCCAGGACGAAAAGAAAUUUUAAUUGCUGAAGUGUCAAAACGAGUUCAUUGCAUUGACUUUGACGGAAACGAUUUAUGGACAUUCGAUGCUGAUGGUCAUAUUUUCUCAUCAUUUGCUUUUCAUAAUGAACAAGAAAUUGAAACGAAAAUUCUUUUUGGAUGUCACGACAAAAAACUUCGUUGCUUAACUUACCAACAUCAAAAUAAAUCUGUAGCCAUAACAUGGAGCGUCGAACUUCAAUCUCAAAUUUAUGGGAGUCCAAGAAAACUUGAAAUUAAUAAUGAAAUUUUCAUCGUUUCAUGUACCACCAAUGGAUUUAUCAACUUUAUUAAUUUGUCAAAUGGAGACAUAGAACAUUCUUUCAAACUUCCAGGCGAAAUCUUCUCAACACCAGUGAUUCACGAUAAAACAUUAUUCGUUGGAUGUCGAGACAACUUUUUAUAUUGCAUCACAUUUUAA